CGGGGCCGAGGGAGGGGACGGCAGGGCCGAGGGACGGGACGGGGCUGCGGGGCGGCCAUGUCGGGGCCGCGGGCGGCCGCCUUCCCGCUGCUGGUGCGCGGCGACUGGGGCGAGGGCGAGCCGCCGGCCGCCCUGCGCAAGAAGCUGCUCCUCUACUUCCAGAGCCACAAGCGCUCGGGCGGCGGAGAGUGCGAGCUGAGGGGGGGGGGCGGACACCUCCUCGUCUGCUUCACCCACCCCGACGUGAAGCAACGUGUUCUUGAGAGACAGACUCAUGAGCUGGAUUUGGGAAUACAAGGAAAAUUGAAGUUGAUUGUCACGGAGCUUGAAACAACAGUAGCUACCAAAGAGGAAGCACUUGAAGAAAAAUUAGUUCACACAAAGGCUCCGGAUGCCAUGAGCAACCUUCAAAGAAAAGAGGCAGAAGCCUUGCAGAAAACGGAGAGUUCUCUUCCAGACACUGACCUUCAGGAGAGACCUCACUCUGCGGAGAACACUGCAGAAAAGCCUGCAGAGAUGUCGCCUUCGGUGGUGCUUGAAAAUGUACAAGGAUGCAGUGCAAAAUACAUAAGUAUGCUGUUGGAGAACAUCAGUGGCUUAGCUGUAGAUGAUGAGUUCAUUGUGGAAAUGAUACCUGAAUUAAAUGUUGCUGUAGCUACUUUUCUGAAAAGUAUUGAUACUCAAGAAUUUUUCAACAAAUGUGAACAGAACAAAAGAUUAAAAAAAUUCAACAUGACUGCCAGGCUUCUUGAAGUGACCUGCAGCAUCAAGGCUGAAAACAUACCAGAUAACAUUUCCACAGACUACAUCACAGUUUAUUUCGAGAGUGCACGAAAUGGAGGUGGGCCUGUGUCAGACAUCCAGCUCCUCCCCGAGGAGAACUCAGCUAUCAUUACUUUCUGUGAUCACAAAGAUCUAAAGACUGUUUUGGAAAAGCAGCACUUACUUGAACAGACACCAAUUUCAGUGCAUCCAUAUUACCACUCCCUGGGAACAGCUCUAUAUGGAGAAGAAAGACCAGUUACCAAGAUGCCAGACCCUGUCGUGGUACCACUAGAUCCCUAUGUCUGGCAAUUUUUACAAAGGCAAGAGAGACUGAUACAAGACAUAAACCAGGAAAUGGCAAUUUGCCAUUGUUGUAUAAAAUGGCCACAGACAGACUGCAUGAACCCGGAAAUUAUGUUGUGUCCAUCAUCAUCUAUGUCUGAGCAGAAGAAGCUAAUGGUUAAGUUGAUUAAGACAUGGAAGCAAGAUGCUUCCACUGAAUUCUCACGUAUCAUGUCACAUUACACAGCUAUAAAGUGUAAAGUAAAUUCGGCGGACUGGAAAGAUGUGAAAAACAGACUGGUGGAAGGCAGUGUGUUGAUCAAAACUGAUGUUUCUGAGGAGAUGGUGGUGAUAGCAGGCACCAGAGCAGCAGUGGACAGUGCAGAGAAAGAAGUGAGAAAAUGCAUGGAAAAAGCCAUGAAGGAAAGUGAAAGGAAAAAACAAAGUAUAGAAAUUUCUGUGUCGGUGAUCCCAGGGAAAUACGCACUUUUGCGCAACUCUGGGCUAGAAGAGAAUAUUCACAAAGAAUAUCCGCACUUAAAGAUCUUCUAUGAUGACACAAUGAAAACAGUUCAGUUGUGUGGAUUACCUGCAGAAGUAUAUAAAAUCAAAGCUGACUUACUGGAAAGGGUGUUGAAUAUGCCACGCACAUCAAUUAACGUCGACCGCUAUGUUUUCCUCUAUCUACAGCAUGAAAAUAAUAAAACAAUGUCAGAGACAUUAUUUACUGUGAAUAAUAUUAAUGCUUUUUAUGAGCUUGAGGAUGAUACUGUGGUGCUAUAUGGAGAUUCUCCUAAAGAUCUUUUAGAAGCAGAAAAGCAAAUAAAGACAGGCUUAGCAUAUAGAAGCAUUGACGUGGAAGACUCUGCAGUCAUGAAGAAGAAGGAGUGGAGUCAUCAUCUUGCCUUCUUGCGUAAGAAGCACAAUUCUUCCCAGGAAACUGUAGUCAUUGAUGAACAUGUUGGAAAAGAAAGUAGAGUGAUUAUUACUGGCUUUUCUAAGGCUGUAGAAAAAGUCUAUCAGAAUCUUUAUGAUUUUAUAGAUAGAAACACACACGUGGAAAAAGUAAUCCCAGCUAAGUCAAUGGCAGUACUGCAGUUUGUAGAGAAGGAAAAAUCUGGUGUUUAUCAGGAAUUGGGAAAAAAAGGUGUGACAGUGCACUUUCAGGCUGAGACACUGUGUAUUUCCCUGAGCGGACCAAAAGGAGAAGUGCCAAAAGCAGUCACCCUAUUUGAAAAAAUUCUCUCAUCCCUUUACUGGAAAGAUGUGCCGAUUGAUAAACCAGGAGCCAAAGAGUUCUUCACUGAGAGGAAAGAUUCAUUUAUUUUAGAGGCAAAGCAGAAAUUUAAUUGUUUGAUUAGUCUGAAAGAAAAAGAACAUCAACAACAACAACAGAGUGAAAAAGUUGAUGAUAAAGCGGAGAGAAAGCUCCACUACAAGCAAACCCUGCCAGAUGGAGUUGAAGUAGCAGUGUAUAAAGGUAACUUGUGCAAUUACCCAGUUGAUGUUGUGGUGAACGCAUCAAACGAAGACUUGAAACACAUCAGUGGCCUUGGUGAGGCACUGCUACAAGCGGCUGGUCCAGAGCUGCAAAUGGAGUAUGACGAGCUGGUGAGGAAGAAUGAGGGAUUGCAGCCCGGGCAUGUGGUUAUCACAGGGGCUGGGAAACUCCCCUGCAAAAACAUCAUUCAUGCUGUUGUGUGCGGGUGGAGGAAGGAUGAAGCAGGAAAGUGCAUGCGUUUGUUGAAAGAAGCAGUUAAAAAGAGCCUACAACUAGCUGAAACGUACCAUAGCUGUUCUAUAGCUUUCCCUUCUGUAAGUGGAGGGAUCUUUGGCUUCCCGCUGCAGAUGUCUGCAAAUUCAAUUGUGUCAUCCAUCAAGGAAACCUUGGAAGAAUCCAAGGGGAAAAGCAGCUUGAAGGAGAUUCAUCUUGUGGAUAUCACAGAGGAUAAGGUACGGGUUCUGAGUGAGACUGUAAAAAAAGUAUUUACAACUAAGUCAUCCUCCCUGUUGCUGCUGCCAACACAGUCUACAAGUCCUAGACUGCAGGAAGGCCAGAAGGAGAAGAGAAAAGAGGUUCUUCAGGAGGCUAGAGACAAUGAGCAGAUGCUGACAACAAACGAAGGACUGCUCAUCAGAGUGGAGAAGAAAAACAUUAUAGAUGCCACGACGGAUGUUAUUGUCAACAGCAUUGGCACAGAUUUGCAGUUUGGUGUGGGGCCGCUUUGCAAAGCCUUGCUGGAAAAGGCUGGACCAGAACUCCAGGCAGAGUUUGACAAGGAAAAACAAGGACAGACGUAUGGGCAAGUGAAUGUGCUCUGCACCGGUGGAUGCGCUCUGGCUUGCAAGUUCGUGCUUCAUGCUGUACUUCCUGGGUGGGACAGAGGAAAAGGACAGUCCCUGAAGAUCCUAGAAGACACAGUCAAUUACUGCUUGAGGAAAACUGAAGAACUUGGACUGAAUUCAGUUGCUUUCCCAGCUAUUGGAACUGGAGGAUUUGGAUUUCCUAAAACUAUUGUUUCUAAGUUAAUGUUUAAUGAGGUAUUCAAGUUCAGUAGCAGUCACACUCUGAAGACUCUGCAGGAAGUUCAUUUUGUCUUGCACCCAAAUGACACGGAUAACAUUCAGGCUUUUACCAGAGAACUAGAACAUAGGGUAACUGAGAAUUGCAGUAAUGCAGCACCACAGCCAAAUUUCAUCAGGUCUGUUUCAACUGAAGUAUUGGGAGUUUAUGAAAUGCAGAUUGGUCCCAUUAUGCUCCAAGUAAAUAGUGGAGAUAUUACGAAGGAGGAUACGGAGGUUAUUGUAAAUAUAUCAAAUCCAACAUUUGAUGCCACAUCAGGGGUUUUCAAAGCAAUUAUGGAUGCUGCUGGUUCCCAGGUGAAAGAAGAAUGUGCUCAGUAUGCUGGGCAGGUUCAAAAUGGUUUUAUUACUACAAAUUCUGGCAAACUGUCGUGCAAUAAAAUCAUCCACUUGAUUCACAAUAACAAUGUGAAGAAUCAGGUCUCCAAAGUGCUUAAUGAGUGUGAGCUAAGGAUGUACACAUCUGUUGCCUUCCCAGCAAUUGGAACAGGUCAGGCAGGACAGAGUCCAGACAAGGUAGCUGAUGAGAUGUUGGAUGCUAUAGUAGAAUUUGCAAGCAGAAGAACGAUACAGCAUUUGAAAGAAAUUAAAAUAGUCAUCUUCCAGACAAAUAUGCUCAAGGACUUUUAUGAAAGCAUGAAGAAAAGAGAAGAUUCAAAUUCAUCCACACCAGAAUCAUUGAUCUCUUUGUUAAAAUCAUUUUUCUGGGGCAGAAAAACAUCUGUUGAGAAGAAAAAGCCCUUGGUUUUGGAGAACAAAGUUGAUAUCGUUACAUUUCAAAUUUGUGGAGAAAGCCAAGAAGAUGUGAAUGCAACUGAGUCUUGGAUAAUAAAAUUAAUUUUAAAGGAGCAGUUUGAAAACUGUAUUUCAGAUGAGCUAAUCGAAAGUUUUAAUGAGAAACAAUUUGGGGUUUUGACAGAUCUCCAGAGAAGAAAACAUGUUACCAUUCAGCUUGAGAAGAACUGUUCUCCCCCUUGCAUUAAAAUUUCUGGUCUUAGCAGGGAUGUCUUUGCUGUUUCUGUGGAAAUUCAGAAAAUGAUCAAAAAAAUAAAGGAUACUCAAGAAGAACAGUCCAAGUCAGAACUUGUUUAUAACCUAGUAGAAUGGAGGUAUCAAAGAAACGAUGAUAAAUUUGUUGCUUUUGAUAAACUGACAAAUAUGCAGCUGGAGGAUGCCAAAAUAGCUAAAAAAACACAUCUUGCUGUCAAAAUUACCAAGAAGAACUACGUGGUGGAUCUGAAUACUCUACAGGCUAGUGAUGACCAAGGAAGUACUAUAAACAUUCAACGUGUGCCAAAGAAUGAAGAUAUGCAGUCAAUAGAGCUCCCCGCAAAGUGGGAAGACAUGCAAGAUGAACUGGUCAAACUCGUUACCCUGAAGCCAUCGUGUCAGGAAUACGUGGAAGUUCAGAACAGGUUUCAGAAUACCUGUCACAACCUUGUCAUAGAGAAGAUUGAAAGAGUACAAAAUCCCUCCCUCUGGCAGACCUACCAAAUCAAAAAAAAAUCUCUGUGUUCGAAGAACAAAAAGGAAGAUAAUGAGAAGUUGCUGUUUCAUGGGACAGCUGCAUCCUCGUUGAGCACAAUCAACUACAAUGGAUUUAAUCGUGGUUUUGCUGGAUUGAAUGCUGCAAGCAUUGGGAAUGGAACCUACUUUGCUGUUGAUGCAAGUUACUCUGCUCAGGAUACUUAUUCAAGACCAGAUACGAAUGGCAGAAAAUACAUGUACCAGGCUCGGGUCCUCACUGGAGAAUAUUGUGUUGGGAGUGGAGGACUAAUUAUUCCACCACCAAAAAGUUCAGCAGAUCCUACCAACCUCUAUGACAGCGUGGUUGAUAACAUCAGUUCACCAAAGAUGUUUGUCAUAUUUAAUGACAUUCAGGCAUAUCCAGAAUACCUUAUUACUUUCAGGAGAUAGAAUAUUCUUAAUAGUCUGAAAAUUGUGGUGCCUUUUAUGUGUAGAAAGUAACACGGCCAUUCUUGAUUAUUCUUUACAUUUAUAUAUUUUUAAGAUGGUUGUUUAUCUAUCCACGUGUUUAAAUAAGUCUUCAAAUUAUUGAAUGAGGCCAGGGCAAGCAAAUAUUUUAGAAUGCACUAUUUCAGUACUCACAUUUCAAAUUCAGUUCUGAGGAGAUGUAGGCAAGAGCUGUGACACCAGCCCAGACUUCUUCCUAGGCAAGGCAGAUGGGAACUGGUGGGAAGGGCAGCUGCUCUGCGUUACCUGUGGCCUGAAGUAGGUGAUGCAUCUAUGCAAGCCCUCACUUCUAGUAUUCACCAGAAAGCACCGAGUGGCUGCCUGUGAAGAUUCAUUGAAAACUCUGUAUGUCAGUGGGAAUAACCUUGUCUUCCAGCAGAGUUUUCAGUCAUUCUUGGGGAUCCACUGACCUCGGGUGCUAAGAGUCGUGAAAACAAAAAUCCAAGGUAGAACUUGGAAUUUGCACUCAUUGUUUCACCAUUGCCUUAUCUUGUGAUGGCAUACUUUGUGAUUCCCUAGAUAAAAUUUCCUAAAUUCAUACCUGUUUCUUAGGGGCAUUAUGGACAUGAUGUAUUCUCUGCAUUACGUACAACCAUGUACAAAGUCAUUGCUCCUGGAAUUUUCAAGAUAGUAAAGAUGGGCUCUAAUUUCUUUGGGACUACUGCAACAUUAACCCCACUGCAGAAGAACCACUCUGCACUGUCACCUAUAGCAAUGUACUUAGUUACCACGCUCAAGCUGUAGGAAACACUUUAAAGUUCUGUAAAGCAAGUAAAUAGGGAUAUUUGCACAUCUGAACUCUUCGCAAACUGCACUUUUCCAGCUGUAGCCUUACAACUGCCAGCCAACCCCCUUGCAUACGCAGUUUUAAUAAAGGUAGAUACAAAUAGCUGA